UGGAUGGAUUCUCGUCCUCCAUCUUCUCCUUCUCCGGGAGAAUAAGAAAGCAGGGUUCAUCAUCUUUUUCUUUCCGUCUCUUUAAGCUUUCACUCACUCUCGCAAAUGGAAGGAGUUAAGUGGAGAAGUUCAAGAGGAGGGAAGAAGGAUCUAUUCCAUGUAAUCCACAAAGUCCCCGCCGGGGAUAGCCCCUACGUUAGGGCUAAACAUCUGCAGCUUAUAGAGAAGGAUCUGGAUUCAUCCAUUGUCUGGUUCUGGAAAGCAAUCAAUGCUAGUGACAGAGUCGAUAGUGCGCUUAAGGACAUGGCAGUGGUGAUGACGCAGCAAGACCGAGCUGAGGAGGCCAUUGAGGCCAUCAAAUCCUUCAGGCACUUCUGCUCCAAGCAAGCUCAAGAGUCCUUGGAUAACUUGCUAAUCGAUCUUUAUAAGAAAUGUGGUAUGGUUGAGGAGCAAAUUGAACUACUGAAGCAAAAGCUUAGGAUGAUAUACCAAGGAGAAGCAUUCAAUGGGAAGCCCACAAAGACUGCUCGAUCUCACGGCAAGAGAUUCCAACUCUCCAUCAGGAAAGAAACCAUCCAUGUCCUGGGAAACUUGGGUUGGGCAUACAUGCAACAAAACAACUUUGUCACCGCAGAGGCGGUCUAUCGCAAGGCGCAAAUGAUCGAGCCUGAUGCUAAGAAGGCUUGCAACCUUGGAAUCUGCCUAAUGAAGCAAGGCCAUUUUGAUGAUGCAAGGUGUGUUCUACUUGAAAUUGUCAACCAUAAAUUAAUAGGUUGUGAUGAGAGAAAGGUGAGUGAUCGUGCUAAUGAGUUACUUUACGAGAUCGAGUCACGGCAGUCAAAUUCAGAUGUAGAUAUUGAUUUGAGGUUGGAGGAGAAGAGCAUUGUGAAACUUGACCAUGUAUUGAACGAAAGCUGUCAACAAAUAUCUAAGAGAUUGCCUAUCUUUGAAGAGAUAUCCACACAUAGAGAUCAAACGGCUUUCUAGUCCAGUUUCUCUUUUGCAAUUACUUUUUUCAUUGAGUUCUUAAAUGUAAGCUUUUUACAAUAUUCAGUGUUCUGUUUCAUUUUCUUUUAGGACAUCCACUAGCAAUUGAAAUGAUCUAGUAGUUGUACAGAAUUUUGAUCUAGAGAAAGAAAAUAAGUGAGGCAACAUGAAAGGCUGUUUUCAUCUGUAAAUUUACCCAUGGGAACAAACUUAUAUCAUCUGCAUGAUAAGCAUUAAUACUUCACCAUGUGUAUAUUUGAUUAGAAGAAAAGA